GUCCAGUCGGGUCCGCGUCACACCAAAAUGUGUUGUUGGCAGUUCCGUCAUUGCAAUUGUGGCUCAAGUUUUCAGCAUCGCAGCGCGAACCCCCGAGUCUUCCACGAGCUGCAGCCACUCCACCGCGAUGGCGUCGCCUCGCUCCGCCGUCCUGACCGCGUCCGUGCUGCUCGCGUGCACCGCCCUGAUGGCCGCCUUCGUGCCCUCGCCCGUGGCGUCUCGCCCGUCCGCGCAGGCCGUGCCGGCGGCGGCUCUCAGCGCAGCGGCGAUCGCGGCGCCCACCGCGGCCUACGCGGCGGAGGACUCGAGCGUGUGGAUCCCAGCGCUGUCUGCCGUGGGCGCGGGGUUCGCCAUCGGCCUCGCCGCCAUCGGGUCGGGCGUCGGCCAGGGCAUCGCCUCCGGCCGCUGCAUCGACGGCAUCAGCCGCCAGCCCGAGGUCGCCGACGAUCUCCGUGGCGUUUUGCUCCUUUCCCUCGCCUUCAUGGAGUCGCUGACGAUCUACGGGCUCGUCAUUGCGCUGGUGCUGCUAUUCGCCAACCCGCUGAUCAAGUAGGCCGAGGUUCCAGGAUCAGCGGUGAGCCGGAUGCCUCCCUGAGGGCGGGACAGUUUGAUAAGACUUCGCGGAUGUGGAGGGGACAAAAACGUUGUUGGCGGUCGACGGCUACGACUCGCAUUUGCAACAUCAUCAUCAUUCUCGGCUUGUCAGGCACCUGUCGGG